AUGGCCCAAGCCAUCGAUGAGCAGCAACUUAACCUGCUAGCUCAAGCCGAGCAGAUUGCUCUUGAAUUCGACCUUAGUCCUGAGCAUGUCAGGCGAGUGACGAGGCAUUUUGUCCGCCAGAUGAAGGAUGGCCUUGCGAAUGAUCGUGCCUGGCAGUUACCCGCCUACGUGAGAAGCAUACCCACCGGCAAGGAGAAGGGCCAGUUCCUCGCCGUUGAUCUCGGCGGCAGCAAUUGCAGGAUAUGCCUUGUCGACCUGCACGGCGAUUCUACCUUUACCAUGACCCAAAGCAAGCACAGCGUCCCGCCGGGUGUCAUGGUCAACCGCAGCUAUCGCCCUCUCUUUGAGUUUCUUGCGCACAGGAUCGCGGAUUUCCUCCAUGCGCAUCUAGAUCCUGGCCAUCGGAGCACUGAAGAUGCCGGCCAGCAGCAGCCUUACAGGCUGGGUUUCACGUUCAGCUUCACCUGCGAGCAGACAUCUCUCGCAGGUGGACGUCUCAUGCAGUGGGACAAAGGCUGGGACAUCCCCGAUGCUGUUGGUCGAGAUCCCUGCAUCAUGUUACAAGAGGCCAUCGAUAAGCUGGGGCUGCCGGUCAUGGUAACCGUCCUCGCGAACGACAGUGUCGGCACGCUCCUGACAAGAGCAUACUGCUCAGGCCAGAAGUCCUCGACCCUCGGGGCAGUCAUUUUUGGGACCGGGACGAAUGCCGCAUACGUUGAGAAGUUGGCUAAUGUGCGACGACUACGUGUCAAGGCGAGAGCGGACGACGACAUCAUGGUGAUCAACACGGAAUGGGGCUGUCUCGAUGACAAGAUGGAAGUCUUGCCGCGGACAUCAAUCGAUGAAGUGCUCGAUGCAGCAUCGGUCAAUCCCGGUUCGCAGAUGUUGGAGAAGAGGGUCUCGGGGCUGUACCUUGGGGAGCUGCUCCGGAUGGCGGUUGUACAACUGCUGCAGGCAGACGUUUUUGACAUGAAGGUCGACCAGAACUCCAGGGUCUUCCAGCGAGGCGGUAUCGAUAGCUCCUUUCUGUCCGAGCUGGCCAUGCUGGACCCUGAAGAUAUCAACAGCGCCAUCAAGUUCAUCCAAGACACAUUAUCGGCGGAAAACGUCAGCAAAGUCGACGUUCAGGCCACGACACUGCUGGCCAGGUCCAUUGCCCGACGAGCAGCACGUCUAGCAGGCGCAUCACUAGCAGCCAUCAUCAUCCAAAGCCGGCGACUCGAUAUGUCCUAUAAGUGCCUGGAACAGACCACCUCCAAUGCGUCCACCGGCAGUAUCGAACGCUUCCAGCACCUUGUGACUCUUCUCUGGCGCCGAAUUUUGGUCUUUAUUGGAAUGAGCUCGUCAGCCAGUAAACCCUCGGCCCAGAUGCCACCGAAAGAGUCACCCGAGACGGGUCUGGUCGACGACAUCAUCGACAUCGGAGCGGACGGCUCACUGAUCGAAUUCUACCCGGCGUUCGAAACUGAGAUGCGUGGCGCAAUGCGGGAUGUACCGGAAAUCGGGCAGGCUGGUGAGCGAAGAAUCCGGAUAGGUCUUGCAAAGGAUGGGUCUGGUGUGGGUGCUGCCCUGAUGGCACAGGCAGCAAGACAAAGCGAAUUAAAAAAGUCGCCAGAAUAA